AUGUCCAUCUACGUUGUCACGACAACCGAAGGAGGGCAUGUCGGAGACUGCGAUAGUCCAAAGUUUCGCAAAAAGCGUGGCGUUUCGGGACAUAUGAUGUCUGUGCAACAGACGGGAAGGGAAGGCAUAGAGCUAAAGACCGAGUCCCGAUGCGAAAUACCUCGCAUGGUUGGAAAGGUAAUAUUUUUUCCAAUUGAGUAA